AUGUCCGGAAAAACAUUCAACACCCACGCCCAAUCCUCCUUCGCCGCCUCCGCCGCCUACGACCAACACCGCCCAACCUACUCCCCAACCAUCGUGCAAUUCCUGCUCGAAAACCUCAACGUCGCGGGCAAACAUGGCGCCCACAUCGUCGACCUCGCCGCCGGCACAGGGAAAUUGACGGAAGCGCUGGCAGCCCGCGAGGAGCAGUUCGAUAUCACUGCUGUGGAGCCGCACGAUGGGAUGAGAGAGGUGCUCGAGGCGAAGAAAUUGCCCCGCGUGAGGGUUGUCGAGGGGACGGGGGAGAGCAUGCCUGCUGUGGCGAGCGGGAGUGUGGAUGCGGUAUUGGUCGCACAGGCCUUCCAUUGGUUCGCCAACAUGCCCGCCCUGAAAGAAAUCCACCGCGUGCUGCGUCGCCACGGCGGCCUCGGCCUCGUCUGGAAUGCGGAAGAAUACAACCAACCGCGAGACCAGCCCACGUCCACCCCGGGCGAGACGCGGCUCCGAGAAAUCUUGUUGGAGGUCAUCGCGGAAGCCGGGGACCGCGAGCCGCGCUUCAGAGAUCUGGAGUGGCGGAAAGUGUUCGAUGAGCAGGUGAAGAAGACGCCUUUGUCGUUGAUCAAAGCGAGUGAUGAUCAGCUGUUUUCGCUGCCUAUUGGACAGCAUUUGGAGCCUUUUGAGGUGGCGUUGUCGGUGGAGCAGGCGUGGCAGAGGUAUAAUACGCUGGGACAUAUUUCGACUUUGCAGGGGGAGGCGAAGGAGAGGGUGUAUAAGGAGUUUUUGGAUGCUUUGACGGAGGGGGUGGAGCAGGAUGAGAAGGGGAAUGUGAUUCUUCAUGGCAAUACUUGGGCUGUGUGGACUAUGAAGAUUCCGGCUGAGGGGGCGGAUGGUCUGGCUGAUGUUCAGUCGGAGACUUCUUGA